AUGGUCACCUCAUUCACCUCCCUCCCUUACUGCACCACUAGCCACUUCCCGUCCCAGCGACAUGGUCACCUCAUUCACCUCCCUCCCUUACUGCACCACAAGCCACUUCCCGUCCCAGCGACAUGGUCACCUCAUUCACCUCCCUCCCUUACUGCACCACUAGCCACUUCCCGUCCCAGCGACAUGGUCACCUCAUUCACCUCCCUCCCUUACUGCACCACUAGCCACUUCCCGUCCCAGCGACAUGGUCACCUCAUUCACCUCCCUCCCUUACUGCACCACAAGCCACUUCCCGUCCCAGCGACAUGGUCACCUCAUUCACCUCCCUCCCUUACUGCACCACAAGCCACUUCCCGUCCCAGCGACAUGGUCACCUCAUUCACCUCCCUCCCUUACUGCACCACUAGCCACUUCCCGUCCCAGCGACAUGCCACUUCCCGUCCCAGCGACAUGGUCACCUCAUUCACCUCCCUCCCUUACUGCACCACUAGCCACUUCCCGUCCCAGCGACAUGGUCACCUCAUUCACCUCCCUCCCUUACUGCACCACAAGCCACUUCCCGUCCCAGCGACAUGGUCACCUCAUUCACCUCCCUCCCUUACUGCACCACUAGCCACUUCCCGUCCCAGCGACAUGGUCACCUCAUUCACCUCCCUCCCUUACUGCACCACUAGCCACUUCCCGUCCCAGCGACAUGGUCACCUCAUUCACCUCCCUCCCUUACUGCACCACAAGCCACUUCCCGUCCCAGCGACAUGGUCACCUCAUUCACCUCCCUCCCUUACUGCACCACUAGCCACUUCCCGUCCCAGCGACAUGGUCACCUCAUUCACCUCCCUCCCUUACUGCACCACAAGCCACUUCCCGUCCCAGCGACAUGGUCACCUCAUUCACCUCCCUCCCUUACUGCACCACUAG